AUGAAUUGCUCAACUGUUCAACUACUUGAUUUGCCUGAUGAAAUGCUUCUUGAAAUUUUCUAUAAACUCACAAGAGUUGAUGUACUAUAUUCAAUUUUGAAUGUUAACAAGCGACUCAAUCGAUUGGCAUGUGAUCCUUUUUUUACUCAUUUUGUCGAUUUAACAACUACAACAUCAGAUGAUGAACGACGUUCUUUGCCUGAUUCUAUGCUCGAUCAAUUUUGUUCAUUUAUAUUACCUCAAAUUCAUCACAAUAUUCAGUCUCUUGUUGUCGAAGCAUCGUCAAUGGGACGUAUUCUCCUUGCUUGUGAUUAUCCUAAACUUCAUAAAUUAAUUUUAAAUUCAAUCACACCUGAAGUUUUUCUAAAAUAUUUAGCUGAUGAUUCGUCUAUCGUACAUAUCUUUAAACAGAUUACACAUCUUGAACUCUCUACUAUAGAAUAUUAUAGCUAUAAGACAAUAUCACAAAUGGACUUAAAUAAAAAUGGAUAUGCACGUCUUUUUUCUGUCUGUCAACAUUUAACUCAUUUGAAUAUUAACGGAAAUUAUCUUCAUUUGGAUACAUGGAUGCGACGAAAUGCUUUACCAUUGACUAUGUGUUCAUCAUCGAGUAUAGUCGAAUUAAAUGUUAAUGUAAAUACGAUAGACGAUUGUUUGCGUCUACUCGAUGGUCGUUUCAAUCAAAUGAAAACUUUGAACGUUACAGUUGAUUCUAUUAAAGCUCCAUCAUUGAAUAUUGCAAAUCAAAAUAGUCUACCUAAUUUGACAACAUUUUCUUUGAUGCCAGCUAUGCCAACAGAAGAGUAUGAUAAUGUGAUAGUGCCAUUACUACGACGAAUGCCGAAUAUGGAAGAACUCAUUUUAUGUCUCAAUGUUGAAAAUCGAUCAAAAUUUAUUGAUGGUGCUGUUCUCUAUAAAGAUAUUAUUAUUCAUAUGCCACGAAUGGCUAAAUUUCUUUACAAUAUUAUAACAAUCGAUCAUUAUGUCGACAUGAGUUAUUGGUUUAAAAAUGAUGACAUUGCAGAAAGAUAUAUUAUCAAUGGUGGACAUCCUUACAUUUAUUGUUGUGUCGACUUUUUUACAAAUGGUGUUGGUCGAUUUCAUAUCUCUUCAUGUCCAUUCAUUAAAUGA